AUGGGAAGAUCAGCUCUGAUUCACUUGAUUCGCUCCCAAUCCCGGCGUCUCUCUUCCUCCACCUUCAAUACAGGAUAUCAUCGGUCAACAUCAGGAACAUGGUCAUCAUCAUCACCACCAUCAGUGAACUCUAAGGUCAGAUUCCCGGAAGUUUCAUCCUUUAACCAGAGAAGCUGGGCAUCAUCAUCAUUUGGAGCAAAGACUAGAGAAGAUGAAGACGAGCACAAGAUCAGCAUCGGACCUCAAGAGAAGAGAGAAGAAAGAGAAGACGGAGAACCAGAAGGAGGAGUGGUUUACUACGGACCAAUCUCAUCAACGAUCAAGAAAGUGAAACUCCUCUCGCUCUCCACUUGCUGUCUCUCAGUCUCUCUUGGCCCAGUCAUCACUUUCAUGACUUCCCCUGGAUUGAAUGUGAUCAUGAAAGGUGCUGUUGCCUCCACCGUGAUCUUCCUCAGCGCGUCCACGACCGCUGCUCUUCACUGGUUCGUCAGCCCUUACGUCCACAAGCUGAGGUGGCAGCCUGGCUCUGACACUUUCGAGGUCGAGAUGAUGACUUGGCUCGCCACGUUUACCCCGAAGACGCUGAAGUUCUCGGAUAUUAGGUAUCCGGACACGCAGAGGCCGUUUGUGAGCUUUAAGGCGGAAGGGAACUACUACUUUGUGGAUGCGGAGCAUUGCCCUAACAAGGCUUUGUUGGCUAGGCUCACUCCUCCAAAGGAACAUGACUCUGCUUUCAAGAACUUGUGA